UAUUUUUGUUUGAAGGAAAACCGUUACCGGUUGAAUUUUCAGUUUUCACAAAAAUGAAAAAUGUGCUGUGUUCGAGUUUAAAAAUGAAGUGAAGUUCGUGAAUUUUAAACUGUAAAAAUUUGAGUCAAUAAGCUGAGUAUGACGGAUGCCCUUAUCUUCACGUAAUGAAAAAAUAACGAUUGACAUUUAUAAUUGAAAGUUCGUGUAAUCGACUUCAAAGCAUCAUGGAACAAAACAGCGAAAGUAUAACAAAACGUAUCCUCAACUUGAAUAAUCUGCUGCUCAGGUCUACUUCAGACUCAAAAGCUAUUGCAGGAUCCUGCUUGAUAUCUCGCGAAGUUCUCGUAGAUGCGUUGAUCUUAUUGUACGACGAAUGCAAUAAUGAAUUUCUUAUGAAAGAUCCGCUCAUUGCGGAUUUCGUUGAAAAAUAUCGCAGUACCGUAUUGAAAAUUCGAGAUCUCAACGUGAAUAUUAGCGAUUUUGAAGUGAAAAAAGUUAUCAGCAGAGGCCGUUUUGCCGAAGUAUCUGUAGUAAGAGAAAAAUCUUCUCAAAAUGUUUGCGUCUUGAAAAAAAUCAGAAAAUCGGAUAUAUUGAAUGUUUCAGAAAGGAUUCUUUUUGAAAGUGAGAGAAAUUUAUUGAUUUCUGCUUUGUGUGAUUGUGAAGCCAAGAAAUGGGUUCCUCAUUUGUAUUAUUCAUUUCAAAAUAUGAAAUAUUUGUACUACGUGUUGGAGUAUUGUCCUGGCGGAAAUCUCUGCACAAUGUUAGAUUAUUACAAGAAAAACGUUCCAGAACCGAUGCUCAGGUUCUAUCUGGCUGAAAUGAUCCAAGCAAUACAGGCCAUCCAUUCUAUUGGUUUUGUGCAUAGAGAUAUUAGACCUGAAAAUGUUCUAAUUGAUAAAGGUGGUCACGUGAAAUUGGUCGAUUUUGGUUCAUCCGCUAAACUUUCACGACACGGUCAAAUCACGAGCAAAGUAGUUUUUAGUACUCCUAAUUACACAGCUCCAGAAAUAUUUAAGUUUCAUGAAUCGCCCACUUCGAAAGGAUAUUCUGCGCAGUGUGAUUGGUGGUCUCUUGGAAUUGUUCUAUUUGAAUUAGUUUGCGGAAAUGUACCGUUCAACGGCGAUGAAGCUUCUAAAUUGCAUUUAUCGUCGAAUAAUUAUCCUCGCAGAUUACAGUAUCCUAAACAUGUUAAUAUAUCGCAAGAAUUGAAAAACAUAAUUUCUGGAUUAUUGCAACCGGCUGAAAAGAGGUCGAAUUAUGAUAAACUGGUUCAUUUGGAUUACUUCAAUGAUAUUGUCUGGACGUUUCUUCACGAACGUGAUCCGCCGUUUGUUCCUUCUUUGAAUUCUGCUGAAGACACUUCUUAUUUUACAACUUUUGAAGUACAACGUCCUACGCCGAAAGUUGAAGAUUAUAAGUUACAAAGACGAUUUACCGGACGCAAUUUGCCUUUUUUGGGUUUCACAUAUAUGGGUAAUGAUAUGGAUUCUGACGACAGUAGCAGCUCUUCCAGUUCUUAUGUAAUUUCAAAACUCCCUGCAUCUUUUUCCGAACGGCGUAAAACUGAAAAUUAUACGACAACAAAAGAAAACGAAUUUGACGCUUUGGAAAUGCCGAGACAUUCAACUGGAUCAUACCGAGAUAGCAAACUUCAUUCUGAAUGCAGUGACGAGUCUUAUCAAUCUGCAUCGGUACGAUUAGAAAAUGAAGUUAAUCAGCUUCAUUUAUUUUAUAAUGAAAAGGCUUUAAUUAUUGAAGAAAAUAUUAGAAAUAAAUUUCACGAUAUGUACAACUGUAUCACCGAAGAUCAAGCUAAAUUCCUUUUGGAGAAACAGCGCAUGACGAAAGAGUUCAAAGAAAAGGAAGAAAAACUAAUGCAAGAAAAUAAUGUCUUGGAGAUGACGAAUAAAAGUUUAGAAAACGAACUGAAUGAAGUAAAAACCAAAUAUAAUGAUUUGGAAGUUCGUUAUUUACAACUAGAUCGCAAUUUAGAAGAUACCACCGACAAGCUGAAAAAAACUGAAAAACUUCGAAAGGAUUCGACGGCAAAACUGAAUCAAGAAAUUCAGAAACUGAACAAGGACCUUCAGGAAAAAUGUGAUAGUAUGAAGGAGCUUGAAGAGAAAAUGCUCAAUUUGAGCAAUCAACAAGCUGCUAAAUUAGCUGUCCUUAGCAAAACUCGCACCACGUUACGAAGUAAAUCAACAGAAAGAGAUAAGUUCGAACAGGAUAAUGUUUCUUUGAAGAACCAGUUAGCUGAAGCCAACAAGAAAAUUGCAAAACUAACGCAAGACCUCGAGAAAAAAGGAAAAGUCAAGUUGGAUUUAGAGUUUAAAAUGACUGCUGCGAGCGAAAAAUCUGGCAAUAAUAUUUUCGGCAGAGGUGAUGGUGCUUCGGGUUCAAAAGCUGACGAAAAUUCCAAAGAAGAAAUUGACAAAUUGAAUAAGGAAUUACAGAAAAAACAUCAGGAAAUUUCGGAUUUGCAAGACGCGUUGAAGAAAGAAAAAGAACAAAAACUGAAAGAAAUUUCUGACUUGACUACGAAACUAAAUCGCGACCUUGACAGAAAACAAAAAGAAUUAUGUGAUCUGAAAGAAAAAUCGACGAAAGACCUUGAUAAAAAGCAAAAAGAAAUUUCUGAUCUCCGAAAUGAACUCCAUGAAAAACAAAACCGCCAUCAAAGAGAAAUUGACGAUUUGCGAAAGAAAUUGAAUCUCGAACUGCAGUGUAAAACGAAAGAAAUGGCCGAUUUACGGAGUACGCUUGACCAAAAUCAGAAAGAAAAACAGAAGGAAAUGAAUGAAUUACGAGAUAAAUUCAAUGAAGAACAAAAAAGAAAACAAAAAGAACUUUCUGAUUUGAAUAACAAAUUAAACCAAGAGCAAAAACAAAAGCUGAAGGACAUCUCUGAUUUACAAGAUAAAUUGGAUCGUGAACGAAAAGUCAAAAUGAAAGAAAUUGAAGAUUUACGAGAAAGAAAUAAUCAGGAGCAAAAACAAAAGCAAAAAUUGACCGAAACGCAACAAAAGCUUUCUCAGGAAUGCGAACAAGCUCAAAAGGAAAUCUCAAAUUUACGUGAAAAACUUAAUGAAGAGCAGAAACAGAAAUGUAAAGAAAUUUCCGAUCUACUGGAAAAGGUUACUCAAGAACAAAAAUGUAUACCUAAAGAAAUCGCUGAAAUCCGGGCAAAUUUCAUGAAAGAACUGGAUCGAAAACAGAAAGAAAUAUUAGACGUACAAGAUAAACUGUGCCUUGAACAAAAAAAUUCGCAGAAAAUCAUUCGAGAUCUCAAAGAAAAUUUUUCCGUUGAAUCAGACAAGAAAGAUAAACAAAUUUCUGACUUGAAGGUGAAAUUCCGCACGGAACUGGAAGAUAAACAAAAGGAAAUUAAUAAUCUUCAGAUUCAGAUAUCGAAAAUGAAUGAAGAUGCAUUUGCUAACUUGGUCUCUAUUGAGGAUUUAAAAACUGCAGUCGAAGAAAAGAACAAAAGUAUAAAGAAAUACGAAAAUGAGAUUGGUAAAUUGAAGAAGCAAUCGCAAGAGAAAUCUCAACAUGCUAACUUGGUUUCUUCCGAGGAUCUAAAAACUGCGAUCGAAGAAAAAAACAAAACUAUAAAGAAAUACGAAAACGAGAUCAGUAAGUUGAAGAAGGAAUUGCAAGAAAAAUCGCAACAAGUUUCUUCAAUUCGUAUGAGUUUAUGCCAAAGUGACAAGGAAAAAGAGAAACUGGAAUCCAAAAUAGAAGCUUUGUUGAACGAAAUCAAACAUUGUAACGAUAUUAAACUCAAAGAAUUAGAAGCAAAUCGUAUCGAUCCGAAUGAAGUAUUAAAACAAUUUGAAAAUACGAUGCGUGAUGUGAUCAAGGAAAAUUUACGUAGCAAAGACAACGUAGUUACAACAUCAGACUUCGAAAAAUUGCUGAACACUUUACAAAGAAGAGUCAGUUUAACUUGUUUACCAAUCGCAGUGAGUAAAACUGAAUCUUUAGGGCCUGAAAAGAAGGACAUCGCGGUGUUGGAAGCACAGAUUGAACGUUUGGAAUCGCAAUUGGAGAAACACCAGGAAACAGCCAUUUUGCAAAGAGAAGCUGCCACUCAGGCCAAGAAAGAAUUGGAAGAUACGAAAAAAGAGCUUUCGAAUAUAAAGAUUGAUUUGCGGAUAGCGCAACGAGAAACUAAGGAAGCAGAAGAGAAGCUCGAAAAAUUACAAGCAUCCAAGUACAAAUAUUACAAGAAGUUGGAAGACGAAAAGGAUAGUUUAGAGACCAAAUUGAAAGAAGUACAGCAAACAAUUCUCGAUCUUGAAUCACAGGUUGAAAACUUGAAAAACGAUUCCGUUUCGAAAGAAGAUUUCAUCAAAAAGAAAGAAGCCGAAAUCAAUGAACUAACGUCUAAAUCACGACAUUUGGAAGAAGAAAUGAAUCACCUAAAAAGUAGUAAUCGUGAUUUGAAAAAAGAUAAAAAGAACCUCGAGGACAACCUAAAAGAAAAAGAAUCCGAGAUUAAGCAACUCAAAUCUAAAAUAAGUAAAAUGAAAGAAGAAAUCAAACAAAAUAAAACUACAUUCAACAGCGUUAAGGAAGAGGAAGAGAGCUGGAAAAAUAAAUGCGCUGGCCUGGAAAGUACGGUGGCUUCUAUUAAAGAAACUUGUCUGUUGCUGGAUAAACAAGUGGAAAAUUUUGAAAAUUACAACCAAGAGUUAGAAGAAAAACUCGGAAAAUCAGAAGAGGAAAAAUUACGUUUGAAAGAAGAACUUGAUCAACUUACAAGCGAACUUAAGUCAUCUAAAAAAAUGGUCAACGAGGAAAAAUCGCUGAAAAUUUUUGCAGAAAAUAAAGUUCGUUUAUUGGAAUCAGACCUACAGAAAAAAGAUAAAGAUAUUGAAAGUUUAGAAGAAGACAUCAACGCGAAAUCUGAACAUAUCGUAAAUUUGGAAGACCAGAUCAAACAUUUGGAGGAGUACAUUUCUUCUGCCGAUCAAUCAUUGCACAAAAACUCGGAAUACGUAAAUCUAGUGGAGAAAGAAGUGCUUUCUUUGAAAAAAGAACGCACCGAACUUUUAACUAGUAUACAUCGUUUGACAAAAGAAAAAAAUGAAUUGACAAAGGAAUUGGAAGAAGCUACAUCUGAUUUAAAUGAUCUGCAAAAGGCUAAUGGAGAUUUACAGUCAGUUUUAGCGCAGGUUGAAGCGUAUCAUGAAAUUCGUCAUUUGAAAGACAAUGAAACUCUUCAGCAACAUUCAAAAUUAAUAGAUUUCUUGCAAACUAAAUUUCAAGACGCAACGAAGCAAAAACGAACUCUCGCUGAUAAAAUAUUCCGGAAUAAAGGAAAAGAAAACCUCAAUCCGAAGGAAUUGGAAAAUCUAUUGUAUUCAGAACGAAAUAAGUCUAAAGGUUUAGCGGAACAACUGUACCAAGCACGGAUUGAACUGAUGAUGUUGAGAGGUGAAAAUAUUUCAAAAUGCUCAUCCCCUAAGACGAUUACCGAUUAUGAAUCGAAUUUAAGCCGAACAACUACGAAAAAUCAACUCACUAGUAUUUCUAAUUUGUCUGAAAUGGAAAUGCCAAACACCCGAAUCAAACAUAAUAUCCCGCACAAGUUUGAAACGAAAAGAUGCCGGAAAACUCUUUACAAGUGCUCAGUUUGUAGUGUUUCUAUCUCAACAGGACAUCACAGUUACUGCAAAGAAUGUCAUGUUUGGUGUCAUGUUUCAUGCACCCAAAAGAUUGGCCCCACUUGCGGCUUACCUCAGGCUUUAAUGGAACAGUUUUCGAAUUUCACUAAAACUCAGUCACAAUCACAGUUCACAUCAUCACAGUCUAGUAUUAAGAGUGAAAUCGAAGGAAACAUCAAAGUUUUAAGAGGUGGAAAAUGGGAGAAUAUGGCCGUUUACAUUGAGAGCAAAUUCUUGACAUUGCAUGAUAAAACAGCAUCUAGUGUAGAACCUAAAUUGAGGAUUCCGUUUAGUGCAGUCAAGAGUGUAGACGAUAACGUUGAUUUCACUCCCACCAGUAACGACAUUUCUUGUGUAUUUAAGAUUAUUUAUAGAGAAGAAAACGAUCAAAAAACGCUCCAUUUACGUGCGUCCAGUGAAGAUGAUAAAGCUAAUUGGAUGAAUAUAUUGAAAAGAAACAUCACACCUAAACAAAUUUCCUUCAAAUUUGACUCUGAACAGUAUUUUAAAGGAAAUGUAGUUUGCUCCUUCAGUGAUUCAGAUAGAUUAACAGUAAAUCAAAUGGUGCAACUGGCGCCUGAGUUAUGUUUACUCGGAACAGAGGAAGGCCUUUACUCUUUAAAACUGAACAGUACUCCUGAGAAUGGCAAAAUCUACAAUCCUGUUAAAAUAUCCGGUGUCGAUAAAGUUUCCAAAAUCAAAGUACUGACGAAAUUACGCAUAGCUUUGCUAAUUUGUGGAGAUGAAAAUACUUUGAAAAAAUGUGAUCUCAGAAUGUUAGUAUCUAAUGCUGAAGCUGCGGCAUGUUCCUCUCCUUCAAUUUUGAUCGACAAAGCCUCGACUGAAUUUAACUUGAAUUCGUGCUCAUUAUUAGAAGCCUCGCCUUGUAAUUCACUGAUCUCUCUGAUUGCCGAUGAUCAUUUCAUGGUCUUGGAAUGGAACGAUCUUGCAUUCGAUUUAGUUCGAUAUAGAAGAAGAUUACCUGAUUUGAAAUGUUCCUUAUUCACUACGACUAGUAUUUUAUACAGCACCGCUUUUGAAUUUUACCGAAUUGACUUGGACACUAUGAAUGAAAACAAACUCAAAGUAUUUAAAUGUAGUACUGAAUUGGGCUCGAAAUUAUGUGAACCCGAAGCUAUAGUGAAAAUUAAUACUGAUCUGUACCUUGUUUGCGAUAAACUAUUUGGAAUUUUCAUUGACGCCGAUGGUAAACGUAUCAAAUAUGCCGAAACUAUAAAAUGGCCUUUGCCACUCAAGAGAAUCGUCUACAAUAAACCAUUCUUAUGCGUUGUUCACGAAAACUGUGUGUCCUUAGUCUAUUUACCAUCUACAAACGAAGGUUCCGAAGAGAAAUUGAAAUUUUCGAUAAUUGAUUUCGAUAAUCCUGCUGUUCUUGGCAUCGUAAAACAACCUAUAAGAGGAAUGUAUAUCAAAGAAGAAGACAGAGAUGGCUGUAAAUUAUUUUUCUUGGAUCCCGUUCUCUUUAUGAAAAGAAAUCCGAAGCAAAGUUGGUCCUCAAUUAGUACACAUUCUGGCCAAACGACUGAUGAAGAAUGUAUCCAGAAAAGCCUUAAUAUUAGCUCAGAAACUGAUGUAAGCUUAAAUUCGUCACUGUUAGAGAGCAGUAAUGAAGAAAGAAUAUAAUUAUUUUCUGUAUAGAUUUUACCUACAUAAUUUUAUUGUUAUGUAGUUUUACCUCCUGUGAAUAUUUUUAACUAUCUUAAUUUUCUUUAUAUUAUGUAUUUCAUUCAUCAGCGUAUUUUUAAUGAAAAUAUUUUAUUAUAUAUUUUAUAAAAUAAUCUUGCCAAAAUGAUCUGUGUAUUGUGAUUUUUCAUACUCUUAUUGAAUAUAUAUCAUCAACUUUGUUUCAUUUGAAUUAUUUUAUGAUUUUUGUUUCUUUUUCCAAAAAUAAUAUUUAUUAUGUAAAAGUACUGAAAAAUUCGUAUUGAUAAGGAUAAGAUUUCGUUUAAUUUACUUAUGUAUACCUACUUGUAAAAUGCUUUCGUGAUUGGCUCGCGUUGUCAUGUGCGUUACCACGUGUUAUGAAUUGCGAUUAAAUAACAGAUUUUUUUCUAAACGUUA